CUACGCUUUGUGACGUUCCUAGUCUCCGUCAGAGGAUUCCAAGUACCUGGCAGACCUGAGGAGGCUCUUUUCCGUCCUCGCCCUGGACCCUCCUUCUCUGCAGCGCCCCCCGAGUCGGGGGCCCCGGACGCCAGGGCUGAGGAGGCGGCCUCUAGGUCCAAUCAGACUUUUUCCCUCGGCUUCCUCUCCAGGAUUCAACCAGGACUUUCCAAAAGUUGCGGCGGGGCCUUCCGAUCCCCUCGGCCAUCUCCCAAACCUGGCCAGGCUGACAGGACCAGCAAGGAUUCUCUACAGCUUGACAUUCAGAAACUCAAGGAGAAGAAGGACAUGUUGGACAAGGAGAUCUCCCAACUAUUAUCAGAAGGCUACAGUGUAGAUGAACUGGAAGACCACAUCUCCCAGCUCCACGAGUAUAAUGACAUCAAGGAUGCGGCCCAGAUGCUGCUGGGAAGACUAGUACCCACUAUCCGGAGAUCUGAGCCAGGGCACAGGCACCUGGAGGAUCUGGAGCAGGCAGCCUACCGUCUUUCAUUCAUUCACUGUGAUCCGAGGUGUCACCACCAAGGAGUUGUAUCCAGAAUUUGGCCUAGACAUGAAUGACUGAGCUCACAGCCCUUUGUCCACGGCCCACUGGGACAGGCAGAUGCGGACAUGAGAAGAAGCAGUGAAAGCCCAACCAGCGAACCCACAGGCUUUCCAGCAAGAAAACAUCAAAAGCUCUUUUUCUAGAGAGCCCAAGCCGAGUCAGGAGGGAGCCCAGCUCCAAGGUUCCCGAAACAUUCUAAUGAUACCUGUGUAUGUGUAUGUGUAUCCUGUUUAUAAAUAAACAUGAGUGAUUUUGGUUCAAA